UUGGAUGUCAAAGCCAUGAAAGCUGGAUUCCAGAACUCCUAGUAGUCUUCGCCUGUUACUUCAUUUUCUUUGUAUGUUUUCGAGAUAUCUUGUUAAAUUGCCCGUAUGACUAUAACAAAAAUUGCUACGCCCCGCUGUGGGACUAUUGCCAAAUUGGUGGUCAGCAUCGACAGCGGCGAGACCUUCAUUACCUAUGCAGAUGCCACAAAGCGAUCUUUCUGCGCGAAUCCCUCCUGGCUGAACUUCCAAAAUGGGAUGAUGGAGCUCUGUCCGAUGAGUGAACCGAAUCCCCAUGACUAUCCAAAGGAGGUGGGCGCCUUCCUGGAGCGACAUUUCGGAAGAAACACCCAAAUCCACGCUUCAAUGGCAACUCAUCAGCGGCUUGCCUCCAUUAAUUUGAACGUAAGGAGCAGUGAAGUGAAUUUCCAGGACACAGAUGCUGUUAUCUGGCACACCUGGCUGGUGGAGAAGGAGAGGUUUCCACCAGCUCAGUGUGCGGUCAUCAAGGAAUGGAAGGAUCCCUUCACGGAAACUCUGGGGAGUUGCUAUUGUUCCUGGCAUUUGCAAAAUUGCAUGGCCUGGCAGCUUAAAAUCAGCAAUAAAAUGACGGAGGCCAAGUGUUUCUGCUUGCGGAUCAAGAAAACCAUGGAUAUUGCCAGCAAACUCGUAGAAUCGGAAUGGGAACCGGAUGAAUCGAUGUUUCCCGCGUUGAACGAAAAAGUUGUAAGUGCCACCGAUAUGCUCAAGAAACUGAACGACCUCCUCGAGCUCCAGAAGAAACGCAACCGAUGCUACAAACGCCUCUAUAAGGAACAGGAAAAGCCAAAGACCGCGAUUGGAGUGCUGACCCCUUGAUGUCUGCAUAGAUUGUAUUUACUUUAUUAAAACAUUUCUGUCGUA